CCAUCAUUCAGUAGUCAGCAUGUGAUUCAGCAGAGCUUUGUAUGAAAAAUAUAAAGUUCAAAACGACACAAAAGGGCUCUGGAAGUAGUUGACUGUUUUCACCCUUGCUGGAAUCAUAAUCAACAACACCUAUGAACUUCUGACUAUCAGAGGAACACCAGGAUGACAAAGUUGUGACCUAAAGCGCAGCCAACAUCAAGCACUUAGGGGCUGUCAUCAAAUACAGAAUCCAUCUGAGAAAAUGUUGCCACAAGCAGCCCUUCUGCUGCUAGUGUCUUUCAAUCUGGUUCAUGGCGUGUUCUAUGCUGAGCGAUACCAAACCCCGACAGGCAUAAAAGGCCCACAACCCAACACCAAGACACAGUUCUUCAUUCCCUAUGCCAUAAAGAGUAAAGGUAUACCAGUGAGAGGAGAACAAGGUAUUCCUGGACCGCCAGGCCCUGCCGGACCCCGAGGGCACCCAGGUCCUUCUGGACCACCAGGAAAACCAGGCCACGGAAGCCCGGGACUGCAAGGAGAGCCAGGGUUGCCAGGACCACCGGGACUAUCAGCCACUGGGAAGCCAGGUUUGCCAGGACUCCCAGGAAAACAAGGGGAGAGAGGACCAUAUGGACCAAAAGGAGACAUUGGGCCAGCUGGUCUACCAGGACCCAGGGGCCCACCAGGGCCGCCUGGAAUCCCAGGACCAGCUGGCAUUUCUGUGCCAGGAAAACCUGGACAACAGGGACUUACAGGAGCCCCAGGCCCCCGUGGCUUUCCUGGAGAAAAGGGUGCACCAGGAGCCCCUGGUGUGAGUGGACAGAAAGGGGAAACAGGAUAUGGUGCUCCUGGCCGCCCAGGCGAGAGGGGCCUUCCAGGCCCUCAGGGUCCCAUGGGACCACCUGGCCCUCCUGGAGUGGGGAAAAGAGGUGAAAAUGGGUUUCCAGGACAGCCGGGCAUCAAAGGUGAUCGUGGUUCUCCAGGAGAGAGGGGACCAAGUGGCCCACCAGGUCCCCAAGGGCCUCCUGGGGAACAAGGACCAGAAGGUAUUGGGAAGCCAGGAGCUGUUGGAGCUCCAGGUGAACCAGGGAUUCCAGGAACCAAAGGCCAUCCUGGGGCUCCAGGAAUAGCUGGACCCCCUGGGACUCCUGGCUUUGGGAAACCAGGCUUGCCAGGCCUGAAGGGACAAAUGGGACCUACUGGGCUUCCUGGAGCUCCAGGUGCCAAAGGGGAACAGGGGCCAGCAGGCCAUCCUGGGGAGCCAGGUCUGACUGGACCCCCUGGAAACAUGGGACCUCAGGGACCCAAAGGUAUCCCAGGCAACCAUGGUCUCCCAGGCCCUAAAGGCGAGAUCGGGCCAGUUGGGCCUGCAGGAAACCCUGGGGCUAGAGGAGCAAGGGGUCCCCCUGGGUUAGAUGGAAAACCAGGGUACCCAGGAGAACCUGGUCUCAAUGGUCCUAAGGGAAACCCAGGGUUACCAGGUCCAAAAGGCGACUCUGGAGUUAGAGGAUCUCCUGGUCUCCCAGGCCCUGUGGGCCCAACAGGAGCCAAGGGAGUACCUGGACAUAAUGGGGAGGCUGGUCCUAGAGGUGCCCCUGGAAUACCAGGUACCAGAGGCCCCAUUGGGCCACCGGGCGUUCCAGGAAUUCCUGGAGCUAAAGGGGAUCCAGGAAAUCCAGGUCCUCCUGGCCCAGCUGGAAUAGCAACUAAAGGCCUCAAUGGACCCACUGGGCCACCAGGGCCUCCUGGUCCAAAAGGCCACACAGGGGAGCCUGGUCUCCCAGGGCCUCCUGGGCCCCCAGGCCCACCAGGACAAGCAGUCAUGCCCGAUGACUUUACAAAGGCAGGCCAAAGGCCCAGUCUUUCUGGGAUGCCUCUUGUUAGUGCCAACCAGGGAGUAACAGGAAUGCCUGUGUCUGCAUUUACUGUUAUUCUCUCCAAAGCUUACCCAGCGGUAGGUACUCCCAUUCCAUUUGAUAAGAUUUUGUAUAACAAGCAACAGCAUUAUGAUCCAAGAACUGGAAUCUUCACCUGUAGGAUACCAGGAACAUACUAUUUCUCUUACCAUGUGCACGUGAAAGGGACUCAUGUUUGGGUAGGCCUGUAUAAGAAUGGCACGCCUGUAAUGUACACCUAUGAUGAAUAUGCUAAGGGCUACCUGGAUCAGGCUUCAGGGAGCGCCAUCAUGGAUCUCACAGAAAAUGACCAGGUGUGGCUGCAGCUGCCUAACGCUGAGUCCAAUGGGCUGUACUCCUCUGAGUACGUCCACUCCUCCUUCUCAGGAUUCCUAGUGGCUCCCAUGUGAGCCUCCCUAGGGGUUUCCACCAAGCUAACCUAAAUCUGCUUGAAGAGGCAUUCCCCAAUUCCAUUCCACCUCCCAGAUAUGUAUGGAGGUAGGCUGAAAAAAAAAAUGUGACUAAUUUUGAUUUUCCAAGAUACAGGUUUGAGGUUUCAGACCAACAUAUUUCAUCCUGAAAAAGUAAGCAGCAAGGGUAAAGAACAUGUAGAGACUCUCUUCAAUUUCUAGUCAGGGACCCAAAGCCUUCUAUGAUUAUCUGUGAGCUCAGUAUGUGAGAUUUCAUCCAAAACAUCCUGCCAAGUUCAAAAAUGAAAUUAUCAUACACACACACACAAAAAAAAAAAAUCAGAAGAGGACACUAAAAUAAGUUAAAUUUCAUUUUAGAAAGUCAGCAUUUCCUUUUAAAAUAAGCCUGUUUCUGAUAAUAUAAGCAAUUAUGGGAAACAUUCAGAAGGUAUCCUGUAACUUUACAGAACAUAAAUACUUGAAUAUUCAAAUUUAAGACACUGUCUACCCUAUGAUAUUUCUGAUGGUGCAUUACUCCAAGAUUCAUCAAGAUCUAGUCAAAUACAUAGGUGCAUACAUACGUUUUGAAUCUCUCAUAAGAAGCCAAAAUGUUGUGCUAAAAUUAAUCUGAAAUGCAAGGUGCUUUUGUCAUGUCUGUGACUGCAGAGAAGCCUUCUGGAUUCCCGGCAUGACCUGGAAACAGGUGUCUGCUCUAGUCUUAUUUACUUAACACAAGUGUGAUUAAUUUGAUUCUUUUAAUUCCUAAUUGAAUCUUAUAUAAUACGAUUUGUGGGUUUACCCAAUGUUAGUGUAUGUACCUUGUGUCUCCUAUGCCAGUGAAAUUAUAAUUAACAGCAAGGGUUUCAAAACCUGACUAGAAAUCUGAAAGGACAUUAUUUAUUUAUGCGCUGUACUGUAUUUUUAUAUUGCUGCUUAAAACUUUUAAGCUGUGCCUCACUUAUUAAAGCAUGAAAUGUUUAACCUGUUCCUUAUUUACGAUCCAAUAAAAUAAC